AUGUCUUCGAAAAAUUGUAUUUCUAAAAUUAAACCAUUAGGUUAAGUUACUUUUUAAACAAGAUUACCAUCUAAUGUAUAUAAUUCUAUAGUAGAGGUGAAUAAGUAAACAUACUUGUAUUCUUCAUCUAUAGCAAAUAAAUAACUAGAAUCUAGAUAUUCAGAAGUUAUAGUCUAGAGAAUUUAUAAGCUACUCAAAGAAUAUAUGUGGAACUCGGCGUUUUACAUUUUGCAACCUAAAGUUGAGCCAGCUUUAAUGCAAAAUAAAGCUGCAUUUGUUAAAAUUGACUAGUCUUUGUUUUAAGAGAUUUUUAGAUUUAAAUUUAGUGCAAUAAUACUGCUCCCAUAUACAUAAAUUGUUUGA